UGGAACUGAAGUCAGGUGGCUGACUGUGAGGACCCCAUGGCAGCAGGUGCUUCGUUGCAUUGGUUCAGAGUCAGCUGCAACUUGGAAACUUUCUUUAGCGAUUUUAUAGGUCAGCCCUGCUUCUGGGAUCCAACUCUAUGUAGUAGUUAAGAAAUGUUUCGCAUCACACAGACUGAAUCACAGGACAGACACAUUUAUGUUGUAAAUAAAUAUUUCAGUAGAUUUGAAGAAUGAAGAGGAAUAAUUUCUCUGCUGUGAAUAAAAUUGUCCAAUCUUCACCAGUAGUGAAACAGCCCAAACGUGGGUUCUGCUCUUCUCUCAACCAGACUCACAUGUGCAAUGUUCUUCUAGACUGGGGGAGUUUGCCUCACCAUGUGAUACUACACAUUUUUCAGUAUCUUCCUUUAAUAGAUCGAGCCCGAGCAUCUUCUGUGUGUAGGAGAUGGAAUGAAGUGUUUCAUAUACCUGACCUCUGGAGGAAGUUUGAGUUUGAGCUGAACCACUCAGCAACCUCAUAUUUUAAAUCCACUCAUCCUGAUCUCAUUCAGCAGAUCAUUAAGAAACAUGCUGCACAUCUUCAGUAUGUCAGUUUUAAGGUUGAUAGUAGCGCUGAGUCGGCAGAGGCUGCCUGUGACAUACUUUCUCAGCUGGUAAAUUGUUCUAUCCAGACCUUGGGACUGAUUUCAACAGCAAAACCAAGUUUUAUGAACAUGCCAAAGUCUCAUUUUGUGUCAGCACUUACAGUUGUGUUUGUCAACUCAAAGUCAUUAUCAUCAAUUAAAAUUGAGGACACGCCAGUGGAUGAUCCUUCAUUGAAGAUUCUUGUGGCCAACAAUGGUGAUACUCUGCGACUGCUAAAAAUGAGUAGCUGUCCUCAUGUUUCAUCUGAUGGAAUUCUUUGUGUAGCUGACCACUGUCAAGGUCUCAGAGAACUGGCAUUGAAUUACUACAUUCUAAGUGAUGAACUUCUCCUUGCACUUUCAAGGGAGACUCACGUUAACCUUGAACAUCUUCGAAUUGAUGUUGUAAGUGAAAAUCCUGGACAGAUUAAGUUUCAUUCUAUUAAAAAGCACAGUUGGGAUGCACUGAUUAAACAUUCUCCUGGAGUUAAUGUUGUCAUGUACUUCUUUUUAUAUGAAGAGGAAUUUGAGACAUUCUUCAAAGAAGAAACCCCUGUUACUCACCUUUAUUUUGGGCGUUCAGUAAGCAAAACCAUUUUAGGCCGGAUAGGUCUUAACUGCCCACGACUAAUUGAGCUAGUCGUGUGUGCAAAUGGUCUCCAGCCUCUUGAUAAUGAACUUAUUUGUAUUGCUGAACAUUGUAAAAAUUUAACAGCCUUAGGCCUCAGUGAAUGUGAGGUUAGCUGUAGUGCGUUUAUUGAGUUUGUAAAACUCUGUGGCAGAAGGCUAACCCAGCUGUGUAUCAUGGAGGAAGUUCUCAUCUCUGAUGACAGUUAUAACCCAGAUGAAGUUCACACUGAAGUCUCUAAGUACCUGGGAAGAGUGUGGUUCCCAGAUGUGAUGCCUGUCUGGUAACCAGCUACCAAAGAUUCUGAACUUUCUGUUAUCACUAGGAUUAGCUGCUGUCUGUCUAUGCAAAAGUAAAUUUUAAGCCACAUUGCUGAAAUAUUUAAAGUAUUUUCUGUUUGCCAGUUAUCUUCGUGGAUUGCUGUAGAAUCAUUUGAAAAAGUAUAACAAAUUUGAAUAGCCAAAAAUCUUUGUCAGUAGGACACAGUCACUAUGUAGAUUAGAUGCUGAGAGGGUAAAGGCUACAGAUGGUUACUUGAUUUCUCAGCCUUCUUUGCAGGCAUAUUUCAGCUUACUAAUUAAAGUUAUAUUAAAUUUAUAAUUAAUGCAUAAUUUUAAUUUACAGUAUUUGAGCUCUGUAAGUUUUGUGUUUUGUGUUAUAAUUUCAUAUUGUUUUCAUUUUAUCUAGUUCCUCUCUGUACCAAUACAUGUUUUACAAAAUGCAGAGUGUUAAAAAUCAAGCUAUCAUUAUCCAGGUUUACUUAAUUGUACUUAAAAGUUUUUGCAUCUUGUGAUUUAGUAACUUCUAACUUCCAGUGUACUGUAAAUUCUAUUUUAUAUUAAGCUGGAAAAUAAUUGACAUUAUAUUACAGUGCAGAAAUACUAUUUCAUUUCAUAGAAAUACAAUGAGUGGAAAAUACUAUGAUUGUUAAUUGAUAAAUACAGUAUGUGGAUAAAGUUUUGUAGGACGUGUUUGAGAAUCAUCAGUAUUUACUAGCCUACUGCUAUAGAUCUGUGACUGCUGAAUCUUCUGCCUAAGUGACCUCAUGUUUAAUAGUAACACUGUUAGAAUUCUUCACUGGCUGUUGUUUUCAGGAUGAAAUUCUGUUCUUCUUUAAAUAUGUUAUUUAUUAUUUUUA